GGGAGAUUGCACAUGUUUCGCAUUGACUCGGUUGCAAGCGAGACAGGGGCGGGGGGAAUGUCAGGUUACUCGAGUAGGCUUACCGUAAGGUACAGUGGGUUUGGAUGGGGGAUUUUUUUUUCUUUGGCUUUUUCUUACCUCUUUCCUUCCUUUUUCAACGUCUGCCCUCCUCCCUUCUCCCUUCCAGAACGGAGGGAGGACCCUGAGACGCGCUUGUGGGUAAGGGUGCGCUGCCGUAACCGAAUUGGACUGGUAGAUCGGUCGGUCAUCUCUUUUUUCCUUUUCACUCGACAUAACCCUUUUCCGGCUGCCAUUUCAUAUCGCUUGAACCGGGUGCUCAUAUUUGCGUGAGGGAAGAGGCGAACUGGGAUUUUUUUGUUUCUGUUUUUAUCCAUAUUACUCUAGACUCGAUUGUUUGGAAGGGGAAGAAGAAGUAGAGGAAGAAGAGGAAGAAGUAGAAGAGGGUGAAUGAUGGAAACGAUAUCCAUCACUGUCUGCGGCGACGGUGGGACUGGUACCGUUCCCGAACCCUACACAUCGCGAUCAUUCCGUCGGGCACUUACUAACAGGCAAACGGUGAAAAAACACAGGUAAAUCUUCCAUCUCCCUCCGCCUGGUCCGUAGUAAAUGGACGCACGAGUAUGACCCGACUGUGCAAGACUCCUACAGCGUAACCCGCACCGUCGACGGCCGCGAGUACUCCCUGCAUCUCACCGACACUGCCGGACAGGAGGAGUACCGCGGCCUCUGGGCCUCGCACAACCUCGCGGCCGACGCCUACCUGCUAGUGUACGACAUCACCAAUCACGAUAGCUUGUUGGCGCUGGAUUACUUCCACGACUUGGUCGAGAUGGAGGAGGAGGGGCGGAGUGUACCCGUUGUCAAGAUCGUCGCGGGGAACAAGUGCGAUUUGGCCGAGAGCAGACAGGUCUCUAGUCAGGAGGGACUGGCCUGGGCGAGGGGUCAUGAGUGCGGGUUUAUGGAGACGAGUGCUAGGAAUAUGGUUAACAUUGAGGAGACGUUUGCCCGUAUGUUUGUUCGCUCCCGGGAGGGGGGAAUGGUGGUGGUGAUGGCUGACGGGUGGAUUGGAUUAUAGUGCUCGUGCGACGUGUUGUCGCCGCGAGGGAAGGUGUUGCCAACGGCACUUUGGUCCCCGCUGCCUACCGCAAGUUCUCUUCCGCUGCUGCUCCUGCUUCCGGUCCUGCACAGCAGGGCGGCGAGAAACAGCAAGAAGCUCCGCACUUGACUUACGAUAAUCGCCCACCACCCGGUAGGUGGGGGAACUGUUGCGCCAUUUGUUGAUCCUUUUCCACUUUAUUCUUGCGAGAACCCUUUAAUGCAUUCCUGCUUCUGGAUUUGAUAUCACGGGGUUCCGGUUGGCUGCCCGACAAAAGGGGGAUCUGUGCAAUGGACGGUGGAGGUGCCCUCAUUUCACGAAGGUCUACGAUAAAUGCAUUUGUGAAUUUCCUUUUCCUUUUCUUCUUUUCUUCUCCUUUUUCCUUUUCUUUCUCAUGCGGCAUUCUUGUAGAUAGGGGAAGGGGUAGGUAGGUAAAAUUGGUGGAGUUUUUUUUUCUUUUUUUUCUUUUUUCCGUGGGAAAAAAAGAAGUAGGUUGCAAUUGAUACGAUACCCAUA